CUCAGAAAAAAGAGAAAUGACCCCGCCCCAUGUUUUGAAAAAAAAAAGAGAAAGAAAUUACCCCGCCGCCGCCGCGCGCCGCUGCAUCUUGCCGUCCACCGCUCAACCGCCCGGCGCGCGAGCCACCGUUCCGCCUGCCGCAUCCAGGUCUGUUCCCGCUUGCUGGUGGACGUUCCGUCCGUCGCGCCCGGCCAUCUCUCUAGUUUGACCUCCUGUGCUAUUCUCCCCCCUUCCCUCCAGUGUCCUCUAGUUUGACCUAUUCCGGCGUCGUUCCGUAAUAGUAGAUCUGCGCUUCCUUCUCCGAAUCGGAGAGGAAUCUGGAACGUACUAUAUAGGCAGCCAGCUGCGGUGUAAUCGGUUCGAGGGAGAGAUAAAGUGCACUCCUUGAGUCCUGCUUUAAUUAAACUCAUCCUUCCCUGGGAGUUUUAGGUUUUCCCUCCUUGUAUAAGCUACACAUCUAUCCUGUAUAAGCUACCCUGUUGCAGAUUGGGGAACAUCACAGCGGUCACUGGUCAGUGAUCUGAAAAUCAAAUGGGCAAGAGAUGGGUUAUGGAGAUGAGCCCCCAAGAAGCACGUAGAUUCAAGCUCCGACGCCACAACAGCAGGCCCAAGACGCGUCUGGACAAUCUCCCCGAGGAUGUGAUACAAAAGAUACUAUCGCGCUUGCCUCUAAAGGAGGUGGUGCAGAUAAGCACACUGUCGAGUGGGUGGAGACAUGUCUGGAGGUACCACCCAGAUCUAAUCUUCAGUGUUGAAAAAUUGUUUGAUGGCAAGGACAAGGAGGACCAAGAAUUUGUUACUAGUGUCAAUGAUAUCCUGAAGGAUCACUACUGUACUGCUGUGAACAAGUUUAAGGUGAAUUAUGGACUCUCUGAAGAACACGGUGAUGAUCUUGAUGGAUGGCUCAGUUUUGCUGUUCUAUCGAAGGCAAAGAACGUUGUUCUUGAUCUACGCCCUCCACCCAAAUGCCCGGACGAUGUCUACAACUUCCCUCUGCAUCUUUUUGAUGAUCGAAACAGCUCAUGUGUGCUGUCUCUCCGACUUGUCUUAGUGUGCCUAAGGCCAGCUCUGAAUUUCUGUGGCUUUGCAAACCUUCGAUCACUCAAAUUGCAUAGGGUUUAUGUAUCGAAGGGCCUCCAUUGCAUGCUCCCACACUGUGCUGUCCUUGAGUGGUUAAGUCUAACAGACUGUUUCAUGCCUUCCUUCACCAUGUCUGAGCCACUAGACCACCUGCAGUAUGCUUGUAUUCAGAAUUGCAGCCUACAAAGCAUGGAACUGCAUGCACCAAAUCUCACAGUAUUCAAUUAUUCAGAGCAGGAUGUGCCGAUUGUGCUUGGCAAAUUCCACAAGCUGACAAAGGCAAAAAUUGAAGUAUUAUCAGAUUCUGACAAUCUAGACUACACUUUUAGUCAUCUUGUUCGGGCUAUGUCUAAUGUGGAGGAAAUCUCCCUUAGAAUUCAUAUCCAAAAUGAGGCACGACAGUUCAUGACAGACAGUCGGUGUGAUUUUAUUAAUCUGAGGCAUCUCAGUAUAGAGGUUUUGGUGGACGGAGAUCCAGGUUGUUCAAGUGGGAUUCUUCGUUUGGCUUCUCUAUUGGAACUAACUCCCUCUCUUGAAGUGUUCAAUUUGCAUAUGUUUAAUUCUAGCCUGCGAUACAAUGGUGGUGGUGCUGCCACGAAGACUUCAGAGCGCAAACUCAGCCAUCUCAAGAGGGUAUACAUGUCAGGAUUUGCUGAUCUCCGGGGCCAGUUGGAGCUUGCGUGGUAUAUCCUCCAGCACGCCACCGCUCUGAGUGCAUGGUCAUUGAUCCUGGUGUGAAGACUCGUUUCGGCUCGCACCAUGCAUUUGAGGGUGGGCAGCUGUUCCGGGAUCUCCUGGCAAAAUACUUGCUUCUACCCAAAUUUCCAGAGGUCCUGACUGUUUUGAGGGCACCACAGCCAGGGCAUCGGUGACCUGGACGGCCAUUCUUCCAGCUGGGCUGGUUUAUUUUAGGGAAAAGUAUAAUUUCUGUCCUUCAACUCUUUCAAAAGUAUAGAAACCGCCUCUCAACUUCAGAAUCAGCAAAAUUUAGUCCCUCAACUUUUAAAACCGGAUAAGUUAUGGUCCGGUCCUGGGCAUCGAACGUGGUGGAGCCGCUUGCUUCUGCUCCUCGACUGGCCAAUUGCUGAUGUGGCCGGGCCGCAGCGGGAUCUCGGCAUGUAAAUUAGUUGAAGCAUAUGCUAACAAGCAGUGAUGCAUACGUGCUUAUAAGACAUGUGGUUGAGAUA